UUGGUGUGGCUCACAAACGAGUAUUAAUAUCCAUGGAAAUCAGAUUUUGUUGGAAUCUACAAACAAUAUGACUUUCAGGAUAUUUCUGUCUUUUUUGAUAAUGUGCGGUGUGUUUGGUACUGAAGAUGAUGAAGGGAAGACGUUAUCAGUGAAGGAGGGAGAUUCUGUCACUCUAAACCCUGAUCUCAACGAAACACAGGGGUUUAAUCUGAUACAGUGGAGGUUUGGAGGUGAAGGCUCCACCAUUGCUAGAACCGAUGGGAAUGAGAUCUCAUAUGCCAAUGAUGAGAGAUUCAGAGACAGACUACAGCUGAAUGAUCAGACUGGAUCUCUGACCAUCACGAAUAUGAAAAACACAGACUCUGGACUUUAUAGAGUGACGAUCAGCAGCAGCAAACCGAUGAUUAACAAGAGAUUCAUCGUUACGGUCAGUGGUUCAGGUGUGUCUCCAGGAGCUGUAGCAGAAAUAUUUGUUGUUUUUCUGCUGGUGAUGGUAAUAGUUGUUUUUUACUAUCGCCGCAAGACCUCUGAACUAAAAAAAAGAAGAGAUGAGAAGACUGUGAUAGUGAAGAAGGGAGAUGAUGUCACACUUCACACUGAUGUUGAUAUGGAGGAAAUGUGUCAGAUCCUGUGGACGUUUGAAGCUCUAGAUGCUCGUAUCGCUGAAAUCAGAGACGGGACCAGAGAGACGUUUGAUGCUGCUGGUGGGACGUUCAGAGACAGACUGAUGCUGGAUGAGACUGGAUCCCUGACCAUCAGAAACAUUGAAACCAGACACCAUGGAGCGUAUAUACUACAGAUCAAUCGCAGCCGCAGAAGAAGAUGGCCCUUAUAUAAAAGAUUCAAUGUUUUUGUCAAUGACAGGACUAUAUCAGUGAUGGAGGGAGAUGAUCUCACUCUAAAUUCUGGUACUGAAUUAAACAAAGAUAAGCAGAUAAAGUGGCUUUUUGGAGGUAUCAGCUCUAUGGAGGCUCCCAUAGCUGAAAUCAAUGGAGAGACCGGAGAGAUCUUUACAUAUGAGGGUAAGGCUGGUGGGAGAUUCAGAAACAGACUGAAGCUGGAUCCUCUGACUGGAUCUCUGACCAUCAGGAACACUGGUCCUGAACACUUUGGAUUCUAUGAACGCCAGAUCAAAAAGUGCGGAGGGUCUAGCCACACAAUAUUUAUGGUUUCUAUCAGUGAGAGGACGAUCUCAGUGGAGGAGGAAAAGAAUGUCACUCUAGAGAUUGAUUCUGAAAUACAGACGGAUGAUCAGAUUUUGUGGAUGUUUGGAGCUGAAGAGACUCUCAUAGCUCAAAUCAAAGGAGAGAACAGAGAGACUCAUGAUGUUGCUGAUGAGAGAUUCAGAGACAGACUGAAGCUGGAAGAGUCUGGAUCUCUGACCAUCAGUAACAUCACAGCUGAACACACUGGAGCCUAUAAAGCUCAGAUCAUCAGCCGUGGAACAACCUCAUACAAGAAAUUCAAGGUUGCUAUGCUCGCGGAGUAUGUGCCAGUGAGGAAGGGAGAUGAUGUUACGUUACACACUGACUCUAAAAUCCAGAGAAGCGAUCAGAUACGGUGGAUGUUUGGAGAUAAGAAUCUCAUAGCUGAAAUCAAAGAAGGGACCGGAGAGAUGGCUACAUAUAAUGAUGUUCUCGAGGGGAGAUUCAGAGGCAGACUGAAGCUGGACGAGCAGACCGGAUCUCUGACCAUCACAAACUUCAGAACAGAUCACACUGGACUCUAUAAAAUGAAGAUCAACAGAAGCGCUGGAAAGUCCAAGAACAGAAGUUUUGAUGUUUUUGCCAGAGGUGAGUCCCUACACUCCGUGUAUUAAUGAUCACAGUUCUGCCUCAUACAUAUCUGACAGUAUAUU